CGCCGUGCAUGAAGCCACGCGAGUGAACAGAACACCUGGAAGCUCACAGAAAGUCGCCGUUGCACAGAGCACACUCUCCAACCGGCGACGUGUUGCACGCGCGUACGACUGCUUGACACUCCCACACCCACCAUGAACAGACAUCGAUAGCGAUAUACAAGCCCGUACCCAUCAUCCGCAAUGGCGCCUCCCGCAGACCCGCCCACGACCAUCACUCUGCGCAUCAAAGUGCCGCCGGGACACAUUGAGGGCGGCCUCGAUGAGUUCAUGCUGGGGACUGAAGUGCCAGUGAUUGCACGCAUUGGCGAAGUUCGCGAGCGCAUUCAGCGCGUUGUUCCGUCCAAUCCAGCUCCCGAGCGACAACGACUGCUAUAUGGAGGAAGAGCACUAGUCGACAACGAGCAAACACUGGCUGAGGCGCUGAAUAUUAGAAGAGAUCCUACACAAACAGAAUAUGUGGUGCAUCUCCUGGUCAAGGGCGAUGGGACAGCAACAGCGCCAUUGCCCCAGAGACGAGGCUUGAGCACACAAGGCAGAGCGAGCCCAGCACAGACAGGACUGCCCACUGCUCCUCCAAAUGAUAAUGCCCAGCAGCCAGGACACGUGCAUCUCCCACACGACAUUCAGGCUCAUCACAAUCAUCUGCAUCAUCAGAAUGUGCUCCAGCAUCACCAACAGCAGCAUGCGGCCAUGUUGGCCCAGCAGCAGCAGCAGCAUCUCCCUCACCAUAUGCAUCACCUUGGUCAAUUCGGCACUGGUCCAGGCCCCGAAGUGUUUGGCCGCUUUGGCAUGCAGCCAAUGCCAUUUGCAGGCGGAGUUGCAAUGGCACCUGGAAUCCCGCAUGUACAUCCGCCUCCACCUCCAGGUCCACUAACCGGGCUACCACCAGGACCGCAUCCCAAUGCUCAGCAUGCACCCAACCCAGCUGCAGCCCAGGCACAGUCAACCACAGAUAGUGCCGCGGAGUCGCAUUCUGCACCUACCCUGGGUCCUGACGCUCAAGCCGAUGCUCAGCAGCGAAGCGCUUCUCAGCCUCCACCCCGACCAAGAGGCCAGGGAAUGAUUCUCGAGGGUAGAGGACCUAAUGGAGAACGGUUUCACAUUCAGCAACACAUUCAGCUUGGACCACAAGCGAUUGUUCCAAACGGACUAGGCCUUCCUCCUAUGCCUCAUGCUCAUCAGCAGCAACCGCUCAGGAACGUACCUUCCGCCCUGGACCGAGCUCGUGGCAACGUAGCUGAGAUGCGUCGCAUGCUAGUCGAGCUCCGUGCACUUGAUGUAGCGACCGACGAACAGCGAGAUCGGAUCAAUAUUAUCCAGCAACGCAUACAAGACGUCAACAACUACAUCGAUCCCUUUAACCUUGGCGGCUUCAACGCGACUGCAACGAGAGCGGCAAACACCGCACAGGGUGUCCCAAUGCCUCGUGCCAGCUCACAGCCAGCUCAUGCACCGAUGGAUAUGCCUCGUUCAUCAUCCACACAACAGCCUUCGUCAUUUACAAGUUCGCCAUCCGAUGUCCGCUGCUACCUGCUCUCGUCACCUUCGGGACCGCACGCGUUGUUGUUGUCCCCUGAGUUCGGAGCUUACACGACUCCGAAUUAUGGCUUGCAACCAACGCCAACGACACAGGCAACUACAGCAAGCGCACAUCAAAAUGCUCCCCUGGGCAAUCAAGACCAAGCUGUUGCAGCAGCAGCGGCAGCACCACCACAAGUCGCACCCGCUCAGCCUCCAGUCGCCCAACAGGACGGCCUGGGAGUAUUCGGUGCUGGACUGAUCAAUCACAUGUGGCUUUUGAUGCGUGUCCUGAUAUUCGCGUACUUCAUUUUGGGAGCAAAUUUGGGCUGGCAACGACCUCUGGCACUCGUUGCUAUCGCGAUCGGCUUUUGGCUACUGAGACAAGGCCCACUAGCCGAAGGAGGUGUGCUACGACGCUGGUGGGAUGGCAUCGUGAAUCAAAAUCCACGUGCACAGCCCGCCGGUGCGGUUGGUCAGCAGCAAGGUCAAGAAGGUGCUGGAGCAUUGAGACCAGGUCAGAUGCCGACGCCUGCACAAGUCGCACAGCGGAUACUCGAAGAAGACCGACAGCAACGCAAUAACAGGUUAGCUUGGAUUCGAGAACAAAUUCGACCUGCAGAACGAGCUGUAGCGCUUCUCGUCGCCAGCUUGUGGCCUGGCGUUGGAGAAGCUUAUGUGCGAGCUCUAGAAGCAGAGGAGAGGAGGAGGAUUGAAGAAGAGAUUGCUGCAAGGAGGAGAGAGGAGGAAGAGCGUCAGAAGCGGGAAGAGGACGAGAAGAAGAGGGCGGAAGAUGCAGCAGAAGCAUCGAGCACUGUAGCUAAGGACGGCAGUGAGGCCGGUGCUUCUCCGAUACCGACUGUGCCAGAUUCGAGUGAGACAGCUGGCGGGAUCGAAAAGAAAGGAGAUCACUCAGCGGGGUCUCCUACCGCAACAGCAUAGCACGAGCAUUUCUGACGAAAUUCAUGAUUAGAGUGAUCAUCAUAAUUCCAAGAACUAUCCAAGCAAGCUUCACUGCUAAG